AAUGCUCGUGGAAUGGUCGAGGAUCACCAGUGCCGCAAGUACCUCCUCUACCUCAGCACUAUCAGCGCAAGGGAUCCGAUGCGGGAUCGGCCACGAAUAAUGCCUACCUAACGCGAUCACCAAACCUGAAUCGUAUCGCGCGCCGUCACAAUGGAAACGGUCCAGGAGGAGGUAAUGCGCUGAACAACAAUCACGGUCAAGGGGUGGGUAUACCCGAUCGUGGACCAGGGCCGCGUAGUGGUAGCAGUGGACGUCUACCAAGCACCGCUAACCAAUGUGAUCAAAUCCGCGAGUAUGGUGGCCCGGUUGGGGUAAAACCGCUUGGAUACUGUGCAGCCGCGGUGCCAUCGUCUCCACCGGAGAACAAUAACUUCCCCGCACUACCUGGUGGGUUCCAGCGUAAUAACAACACACCGCCGUCCGGCAUUCCGGUGAUGGUGAUGCAUCGGGCAAAGUCACAGGAUCGGUUAGCUUAUCGAAGUCGCCGCCCGGGACGAACAUUUGGGGCGAACGGUAGUGGCUCCGGACAUCAUCAUCAUCAUCACCACCAACAGCAACAGCGACCACGAUCGUUCUGUAGCAAUAAUGGUGCCUAUCCGGAUUACGUGAUCCUGGAGCAUCCAGGGAAUUAGAUUUAAGCGCGAAUAAGAAGGCGCCAAUGUGUCUUGUGUCGUGAAGAAUGUUUCUCACUCUCCCGGCAGGCGAGGGAGAAGGAAUCGAAGAGUCCUUCGGGACAGUGAAUUAUUGAUGGCGGAAACAAGUCGCCGCGCUGGCGUUACGAAUGAAUUUCCUGUCUACCCGAUACUCCUGAACUUCUCUGAAACUUUCUCACCCUUCCCCGUUUACAUGGGCCUUUUUUUCACACAGGAAGCAGCGUGUCGCCAACAUGUUGGGUUGUGUAUCGACCAACGUCGAUACAACGACGUUUGUGUGGAAAGCAGUGGUUUUGUGAGUGAAAUUAUUGUGUCACUACCUAAUACCCUCCGUUCCAUCGCGUUCGUACCGACUAAUGAUGGUUUAGAACUGGAUGAAUUCUAUAUUUUCUUAUGUUUUUUUUCGUUCUUUGAGUGAAGUUGUUGUUGAUUCUUGUAUUUCGUGAAUUUUAUCCAUCUGUUACGACCUCCUUUCAAACCGUGCCGUGCCAUCAACGCGUUAGAAUUGAGCUUUUGCGUGGGAACUGUUGGAGGUUCCCGGGACUAUCUAUAGGCACGUGUGGUUGUGUUGGAAGACGAUGGUGUGAGAUUACUUCUUCCAUGAAGAAGUGUUGCGUGAUGGCACUUAGCGGGGAACUUAGGUCGCGCGGUUUUGUCGCAUCCACGAUUUAUGGUAUUAAUUUCCAUCCAAGGAUUUGCCAUUCGGAAUGGGGAAUGGCUUUUCGUGCGGACGGCACGGGGAGGCAAAUUAAUGACAAGCGGACUGUGACUGUAAAUGCUACCAAGCAGUAAGACGAUAGAUUAGGUUUUGUAAAACCAGAAUAGAAGUAUCCCUUUCUACAAUGAUUCUACUAUUCGAACACUGGCGCAUAUUUCUGCUUUUUCUCUUGCACGAUUUGGAGAAAAAGUUAAUGAGAUAGAAACGGAUUUGAUUUGAGUGGAAAAAUUUUACAAUUAAAACCAAAUGUUUUUGUUUGAUUUACUGAUAUGCAGCAUUGAGCGUUCGAAUCAAUGGCAAGUGUGUAUCACUGAGGGAGAGAGUGAGCUUGUGAAGGCGCCAUUAAGUUAGAAUGUUAUUUCUUUACAUUUAUUUUACUACCACGCAUUGAACGUUUGGUAACUAUAACUUACACAAAUAGUAUGUAAAAUGUUUUGUUUUUACGAAGCGUAGAACCCAUAUUUGCCUGUCUCUUGCGAUAUCCUUUCUAAGCGUUCGUUAUACUGAAAGUUCUCCGAAAUUAGAUAAUGUUCCUUAAAUAAUGUCUACAACAAAGUCCUUAGGAAAAAGUAAGACAUUUUUUUGUGUGUGUUUGAGUUUGGUAUACAAUAUAAAUAUUGAGAGCAGACUUUUUGUAGAAAGAUGUUUUGUCUUGUUUUAUUAGUACAGGGAUUACUUAAACAAAUAUUGCUCCAUUGCCGUCGUGACUCCGUUGUGAACUAGUUAGUGUUAUUCUAUAUAUGCAUCGUAGCGGAUAGAUGAUCGUACUGUUCUGAAUUUUCCUAUCACUCGAAGAACGUACCCGAGGAUCGUUCCUAUCGAAUUAUCGUUAUUAAAUAUGACUGUGUUAUAUAGGGUCUGUUUUGUUUUUUUCUAGUAGCCAGUAAGUAAUAGGAAAUUGGUACGAAUUAUCUCCUUCAACGAAAAUGAUUCACAAGCGCGCCCAGGAAAUAAAAAAAACAACAACCAUGUUUUUAUUUGUUCCAUAGCAAAUUGUUAUAUCGUCGUCUGUUUAGCGGAACGAACUAGAGAAAGCAUGUUAUCGGUAGCAGCAGUAGCCAAAAGCGCAACAUCAGCCGUAUUCUAGCCAAAUUAGUGCGAGACGCAUUCGCAAAGGACAAAAUAGUAUGUGUAACGAAAUAAUCUUGCCACGGGCGACAGUUCGAUAAUGUCGCAAACCAAAGCCCACUCAACGCCGUUCGGACGCUACUAGCGGUUGAGGGGAAAAAAGCAUUAUAGGACGUACAAGCAAAGUAGAGAUAAAUAGUAGACUAGAUGAACGAAGCAAAGGUGUGUAUGUGUUUUAUUAUCAAUUUAGUUUAAGGCGGUUUUUUUUCUAUAUUACAUCUAGCGAACCGUUAACAAGCACCAUUAUUCGAUUUAUUUCGGUUUUUUCUCUCAUUGAAGCACACGAUAAUGUUGCUUAUGACACUUUUAUCAUUCGUUCGAAUGCGUCGAAUGUACAAAGCAUACAGAAAGGAAUGUAGUGGAACGAACUGCAAUAGUGAUAGUGAUUUAAUUGCGAGAAUUUAUUCCUAUAUAUAUAAUACAGACUUCCUUAUUGUGACUGUAGGUAUAGAAUGAGCUGAAUCAAAAACCCGUAUCAACGAGACGGGGUUCUCUUACUAUGUGUUUUAAUGUUGUUUUAAUUUUUGGCUUCAAAGCCGUUCGGUUUAUUUUUUUUGUUUCGAUAAAUUAAAGCUCAGUGGCGUUCAACGAAAUGAAAGCAAUGAAUAUAAAUAAAAAAACAAAAGAUGCCAGACAAAGGUGAAGAAAAACAUAAA